UGAGCAUGCGCACCCAUCACAGGGUGUGCUGCAUACCUGACCGCCCACAUCACCAACCAUAAUGUUGGCCCUUUGAUUGGCUGAAGCCUUUCACCUGUGCUGUUGUUUUACUGCCCCGUCUCACCAUCCAGGUCCAAAGAUCGCUGCACUGUUUGUUCAAGCCCUGAGCUGUUAGGCAGGCGCAGGGGGAUCCCAGCUCUUCCUGCUUGAACCUGAAACCUCUACUGUAGACGCCUCUCUCAGCACCACGCCGCUUCACCCGUCGUCCAUCCUGCGUGUCUUUCAUCCUGCUGGAGGCCCCAGUCGGACCCUGUUCUCUGCCUGGACGUCCCAACGGAGCCCCGGACCAGGGCCUGGAUUUAGUCCAUCUACGGCGGAAGCAAAGGGAGGAUUUAAAUUUGUCGUUUUUCCCUCUUUUUUUUUGAGGUGUUGUGUUCCUGGGUCCAUGUGUGAGCUGGAAUAUCACUUUUUUGUUUGAGGUGUGAAACAUGGAGAAUCUGAGCUAAAGAUGGGAUCGGUAGCGUCGUUCUUUGGCCGGUUGUUUGGGAAAGAGGAGAAGAAAGAGGAGGAGAGAAACUUCCGAGCUAAUGACAGACCUUAUAACCUCUCGUACCACUAUGCUAACAAUGCCAUCAAGACGUCCAAGUACAACCUUUUCACCUUCCUGCCACUCAACCUGUUUGAGCAGUUCAGGAGGCUCGCCAACGCCUACUUCCUCUUCCUCAUGAUGCUCCAGGUCAUCCCACAAAUCUCCUCCCUCUCCUGGUUCACCACGGCCGUGCCUCUCAUUCUGGUGCUGACUAUGACAGCAGUCAAAGACGCCAGCGACGACAUAAACAGACACAGAAGCGACAAGCAGGUGAAUAACCGCAUGGUGAGCGUCCUCAUCGAUGGAGAGCUGAGGAGUGAAAAAUGGCUGAACGUUCAGGUUGGGGACAUCGUCAAACUGGAGAAUAAUCAGUUUGUCACAGCGGAUCUUCUGUUGCUGUCCAGCAGCGAGCCGCUAAACCUGAUCUACGUAGAAACCGCUGAGCUAGACGGUGAAACCAACCUGAAGGUGAAACAGGCUCUGUCUGUAACAGGAGAGCUGGGAGACAGCAUCGAGGCUCUGGCUGGCUUCAAAGGUGAGGUGAAGUGUGAGCCUCCUAACAACCGUCUGGAUAAGUUCAAAGGGACGCUGACUCUGGACGGACAGAGUUACUCUCUGGACAACGACAAGGUGCUGCUCAGAGGAUGCACCCUGAGGAACACCGAGUGGUGCUUCGGCCUGGUCAUCUUCGGGGGUCCUGACACUAAACUGAUGCAGAACAGUGGGAAGACGAUAUUCAAACGGACGAGCAUCGAUCACCUGAUGAACGUCUUAGUGUUGUGUAUCUUUGGUUUCCUGGCGUCCAUGUGCACCAUCAUGGCCAUCGGUAACGCCAUCUGGGAGGUGAGGGAGGGCUCCGUGUUCGUAGCCUUCCUCCCUCGGGAGCCAGGGGUCGGAGCUGCUCUCUCCUCCUUCCUCUCCUUCUUCUCCUACGUCAUCGUCCUCAACACCGUGGUGCCCAUUUCUCUCUACGUCAGUGUGGAGAUCAUCCGUCUGGGGAACAGCUUCUACAUCGACUGGGACCGGAAGAUGUAUUACCCCAAGAACGACACUCCGGCCCAGGCCCGGACCACCACGCUGAACGAGGAGCUGGGUCAGAUCAAAUACAUCUUCAGUGACAAGACGGGAACUCUAACGCAGAACAUCAUGACUUUUAACAGGUGCUCCAUCAACGGGAAGGCUUACGGGGAGCUGUUUGACUUUCGUGGUCAGAGGGUUGAAAUAACAGAGAAAACAGAGAAAGUGGACUUCAGGUGGAACAAGCUGGCUGAUCCCAAGUUCGUCUUCCACGAUCACAGUCUGGUGGAGACGGUGAAAGAAGGAAACCAGGAAGCUCAGUCCUUCUUCAGGUUACUGGCUCUGUGUCACACCGUCAUGCCCGAGGAGAAGAAAGAGGGAGAGCUCUACUAUCAGGCUCAGUCUCCUGAUGAAGGAGCUCUGGUGACCGCAGCAAGAAACUUUGGGUUUGUUUUCCGCUCUCGAACACCGGAGACCAUAACGACGGUGGAGAUGGGCAGAACAGUCACGUACCAACUUCUGGCUGUUCUUGACUUCAACAAUGUUCGCAAGAGAAUGUCAGUCAUAGUGCGUAGCCCUGAAGGCAAGUUGACCCUCUACUGCAAAGGAGCCGACACCAUCAUCUAUGAACGGCUGCACCCGUCCUGUAAUGAACUGAUGAAAGUCACCACCAAUCACCUCAACGAGUAUGCAGGCGACGGCCUCCGCACGCUCGUUCUGGCCUACAAGGACCUGGACGAUCGCUACAUGGAGGAGUGGAGACAGCGCCACCAUGAGGCAAGCAUCGCCAUGGACGACAGGGAGGAAAGACUGGAUGAACUUUAUGAAGAGAUAGAGAAAGAUCUGAUGCUGUUGGGAGCGACAGCCGUGGAGGACAAGCUGCAGGACGGAGUCCCUCAGACCAUCGAGCAGCUGUCUAAAGCUGACAUCAAGAUCUGGGUGCUGACUGGAGAUAAACAGGAAACGGCAGAGAACAUCGGCUACUCCUGCAACAUGCUGAGAGAGGAGAUGAAGGAUGUUUUCAUUGUGGCAGCAAACACAGCUGAAGGAGUCAGAGAGGAGCUACAGAAAGCACGAAGGAAAAUGUGUCCGGCUGCAGCGGAGGAGCCAUCUGUCAGCAAAGCUCGCGCUGGCCUGUUCUGGCUGGAGAAGACACAGACUGUGCAGGAUGAGGAGGUGGACGGAGACUACGGCCUAGUUAUAAACGGACACAGUCUGGCCUUUGCACUGGAGAAGAACAUGCAGUUGGAGCUGCUGAGGACAGCGUGUAUGUGUCAGACCGUGAUCUGCUGCAGGGUCACCCCUCUGCAGAAGGCCCAGGUGGUUCAGCUGGUCAAGAAAUACAAGCAGGCCGUCACUCUGGCCAUCGGGGACGGAGCCAACGAUGUCAGCAUGAUCAAAGCGGCUCAUAUCGGUGUGGGUAUCAGUGGUCAGGAGGGGAUGCAGGCGGUUCUGUCCAGCGACUACUCCUUCGCCCAGUUCCGGUACCUCCAGCGCCUCCUGCUGGUGCACGGCCGCUGGUCCUACCUACGCAUGUGCAAAUUCCUACGAUAUUUCUUUUACAAGAACUUCACCUUCACCUUUGUGCAUUUCUGGUACGCCUUCUUCUGCGGCUUCUCUGCACAGACUGUGUAUGAUGAGUGGUUCAUCACUUUAUACAACCUGGUUUACACAGCUCUGCCUGUCCUCGGAUUGAGCCUCUUCGACCAGGAUGUGAAUGACCGCUGGAGCUUCCAGUACCCUCAGCUCUACUCUCCCGGUCAGCUCAACAUGUACUUCAGUAAGAAAGCCUUUGUGCGCUGCAUGUUGCACAGCUGCUACAGCUCGCUGAUCCUCUUCUUCAUCCCGUGGGCCGCCAUGCACGACACGGUCCGAGACGACGGCAAAGACAUCGCCGACUACCAGUCCUUCGCUCUACUGGCUCAGACCUGUCUGCUGGUGGUGAUGAACAUACAGCUGUGUCUGGACACCCACUACUGGACCGCUGUGAACCAGUUCUUCAUAUGGGGAAGCCUGGCGGCUUACUUCGCCAUCACAAUGACCAUGUACAGCAACGGCAUGUUCUUCAUCUUCACCUCCUCUUUUCCCUUCAUCGGCACAGCUAGAAACUCUCUGAACCAGCCUAACGUCUGGCUCACCAUAUUCCUCACCGCGCUGCUCUGUCUUCUUCCUGUGGUGGCUUACCGCUUCGUCCUCAUCCAGCUUCGGCCCACCAUCAACGACAAGGUGAGACAUAAGGUGAGGAAGGAGGCGCUGCCUGCUCCUGCUCCUCGCAUUCCUCAUCCCAGGCGCAUCAGCACCCGGCGGUCCGGCUACGCCUUCUCUCACGCCAAGGGCUACGGAGAUCUGGUGACGUCUCGCAGGUUCCUGCUGAAACUACCGCUGAAGAGUCGACAGGUCCUGUUUUCACAAACAGACUCUCCUCUGGCUCAGAACCAGCCACAACACUACCGCACCAUCGCAGAGGAGCCGGAGAACUCACAGAGACAGGAAGUAUAGCACGGAGCAGCAUAGAACCGUUCUGUUUGGGAGCACAGGGUAAUAAUCACUGUCUGGAUCGUCUCCAGGACAGAGCUUUAUACUUAAAACUGAGUCUGACUUUAACUUAAGCUGUUUUUCUAACAGAUGAAUGUUGAUAUCACUGUGAAAAUGUGGAACUCGGGAGCACAUAAAACCUUAAAGACCACACUGGUGCUUCUGCACGUUUUAGUUUACCGUAUUUCCUCAAAUAGUAUCCGGGGCUUCUAUUAAUAAAAAAUCAGUUUGGGACCCAGCUAAUAAAAGGGGCAGGCUAUUAUUUGAAGGAGGCUUUUAUUAAGAAAAGAGCAGCAAUCAGAGCAGCUCUGACCGGCACUUUUUUAGAGUGUUUUACACAGCGCAUUGUAGCCAGUUACCCGGAUGUCGGCCAUAUUGGAAGUACUGGGAUGUAAACAAACAAUGAACAGCACGCUGAAUGUUCAUUUUAAGCAGGAUUUAAAAUGUCUAAACUACUAAAAAGCCCAGAAGAACGUGUGUAAACGGCUCGACUUUACAGAGAAUGACUAGGACAGCGGGAGACUUUGACAUAACACCGGUAAGACACUUAUGAAAGAGGCCGGUCAUUAAUAGGGGCCCGGCUAUAAAUUGAGGAAAUACGGUAAUAAGUACAAUUGUCAUAUUAGUCAGGCGGUUUAGUUAAAUAAAGGGGACACACCGGACAAAAGCACCACAUUGCUCUCUAUCACCAUAAGUUUAAAUUUUUAGUGGGAGCCACUUCAUCAAGAUUUCGGAUCGGAGAUGGCAGCCAUAUAAAGUCUAUGAGAACCAAUAUAUCUUCCGAGCCACUUCCAAGGUCAAUCUUGGUGUCAAAAUCUACAUUUUCUGGGUCAUGGAAUCCAUUAAAGCUAUUGAGAAUAUCACUAGAUGAUUAUUUUGAUCAAAUAGAUAUGUUUAUUUUGGCCAUGUAUUUAGGUAAUUUCCAACUCAGUUCCUAAGCGGUCAGACAUAUAUUAUUAUAGGUCGUAUACAGUGCAUGUAUUCUGUAAAAAAUUGAUAACAUGAAUACAUUUAAUUAAACUCUAUUAGCUUCACUUUUAUUACCACAGACACUUGCAGCUUUAUGCUGCGUUCGAUUGCACUCGGAACUCGGAAAGAUCCGAGUUGGAAAUUCCGACUUCCGAGGUAAAUGCGUAUCAUUGUUAUAGACUAAUGUAGUUUAAAUAUGGGAGAAACUAUAAUAUAUUUUACACUUUUACUGUGCUUUUUCGUCCAUAUUAUGCUCACACAAACUCUAUAAUUAACAGAGUGGGAGUGCAAAUACCACAAAGUAAUCACACAUGCAUGCGGGUGUGUGGCGCCAUUUUGCUUUGACGUCUUCCACGUAAUUCCGACCUACUCUAGCCAGAAUCCCGAGUUCAAGGGCCGUUCUAUUGCACUUUUCCGACUCAGAGAUCGGAUCUUUCCGAGUUCUGAGUGCAACGGAACGCAGCAUUACAACCACACCCAACCAGUUCCCUGCAGGCUAAUGAAGCGAUUGGUAGAAUGUUCCACACAGGAAAUCAGACCUGGCAUGUGGAAAAAAAUUGGUGCUUUUGUCUGACGUGUCCCCAUUCUUCUUAAAUCUGGUCCUAAGCCACCUGACUAUAGACUGCAGUCUUCAUACUGCAGACCAUUUUCCUAGAAGACUAGCAUGAAGCAUAAAUUAUACCCCUUAAUCACAACUUAUGACCCACUUGAAGUGUGUCUGUGUCAGAGUCUGUAGCUGCAGAGACCAGGUCUAAUGCGACUGUUUUCUCUUUGCCUGGCAUUUUGUUGCAUUUGGGACAUUUCUGGGCAUCAGCUUGUGGGCUUUACUCUGUUAAAUCGUAGUGACUGUGUCGUUGAGCUGCAUGGGGAGGAGGGGCCAACUUUGAAUGUUAUUUUUACAAACCAAAACUUGUAAAUCCUGCUCAUUGUGCCUUUAGUUUUGUCAAUGUGAUGUCAUAAAAAAAAGCAUUUCAGCAGAAACCAAAAAGGAGAAUAAAUUCAGAUUUAGAUUUUCCAAUAACAUACAGGUGCAUCUCAAUAAAUUAGAAUAUCAUAGAAAGUUUAUUUAUGUCAGUAAUUAAAUUCAGAAAGUGGAAAUAACACAUUAAAUAGAUCCAUUACACACAGAAUGAAACAUUUCAUGUCUUAAUUUAUUUAAUUUCUUCUAAUUAUAAUAAUUAUGGCUUACAUUUAAUGAAGACCUAAAAUUCAUUGUCUGAAUUUUUUUUAUUAUUAUUACAAAAUACCAAUUAUGUUUCAUAUAAGUAUAUUUAAAUCUGGAAAUGUUGGCCUCUGGAAAUUGACUUUUCCAUGAUAUUCUAAUUUAUUGAGAUGCACCUGUAGAUUUCUCAUAGAUUUAAUGCUUUUCCAUUCAUUCAACUUUGUAGUCAUCACACUUGCAUACAGCAAAACACAGUCUUAUCAUUGGCUGGGUUGGCUGUUUUUUACAGCGUCACAUUUAAGUAAAACAAAUUAUUUCGAAAUUUCUAAACACAACACAACAAUAAAGACAGUCCUUACUCACAGCUGCCAGAGGGCAUCAAUUGUGUAGAUUAUCUACUUCAAGCUUAAUUUAAUAAUGUAGUGAAUGACUAGAAAGCUUAUUAUAAUCCUGUGAAACGGUCAGAAACACUGUAUGCAGUUUGUAUUUACUAGACCAGGGGUCAGCAACCUUUUCCAUGAAAAGAGACAUUUUUGGCCAAAAAACAGAAGAAAAAAAUCCCUCUGUAAACUAUAAUACUUUGGUUUUUUAAGUAAAACACAAUCCACGCUAGCUACCACAGUAGCCGCUAGCUACCAUACUAGCCGCUAGCUGCUAUAUGUUUAGCAUUGAGGUGAUACUUGAGGCUGGAUGUGCUGCGGUGAUAUGUGAAUUCCUUGUUGCUUAGCAACACAACCAUGCUCUUAUGGACGCUUCCAUCCGUUGGUUUUUAGUAACUAAAUGUCCCAUCAUCCACGGGGCCAACCAAAGGUCUCAUCAGCUUCUUCCUUCAUGUUCACUGUGGUUUGUUGUUGUCUCAACUCAUGAACGCUAGUUGGUGCUCCAGUAUAAUCUGUCCGCCUGAAACUCAUCCAGUGAGAAACGUUCCGCGGUGCAAAAAUAAGUGCGAUAAAAAUGCGUCAAUUUUUUAACGCGUUAAUUUUUGGGUAAUUAAUUAAUCUUAAUUAACGCGUUAAAGUCCCGGCCCUACUUAUAAUGAAAGUAAUUAGCAAAUUUCUCGCUGCAAAUCAAGCAAAUCACUCAGCGUGAAGCACUUGCAGUUAAUGUAAAUGAAUCUGUCUUUUCUGUUGAAGCUAUUUUGGCCAAAAAUUUAGAGGAUAGGGCAAAGAGCCAGAUGGUUAUAUAGGCUAUGAUGCACAUUUAAGUCGACUAAAAUAUAUAUUUUUUCCUGUCUAUAGGGUUCAUAUUUUUUACAAUUGGAGAAUGUAAGAAUCACUACAAAAAUUUGGAUAAUUUAGACAAAUUCCAUAUUUUUUUGCCUCAGGUUGCCGACCCCUGCACUAGACCACAACAUGCAAAACCAAAAACUGCAAUGAGAUUCAUUUUGUGUCAUGCACACCAAUUUUUUUUUUCUUUUCUGAUCUCAAGAUUUUUUUUUUUUUUGUAAAAGUUGCCACUUGCUGAUCUGGACAAUCUAGAUUACCAAACUGCCUGCAACAUGAAGUUGCAUUUUGUGUCUUUUAAUUAUUUUACUGAUGUGAAUUUUAAUGAUCAGGGUGUCAUUCUGAGAAAGGAUAAAACUGUGAUUUCAGUUGAAAUCUACAACAAACCUUUUUUCACUGUUGUUUACAUAAUAAUUUACUGACAUGAAGAUCUUUUUUUUUUUUAAAAACAUUGUUUUAUUACUGUUCUGCUUUGUGUUAAUACUCUGUUUUCAUUUAUUAUUAGAUAUACCUUUAAUCAGUACCACUUAACUCUUGUCACAGUGUUUUCAAAGUGCAGCCAGGGGUCAGUGUUUUCUUUGUAACUGUGUUUUCUAUCAAAUAAACAGAGAGUGGUGGUUAAAGUGUCAUAGGAGUGCAAGGACCAGCAAAAAGCACGUUAUUCAUAAAGUCCAACACAUAUUUCGUCAUUGUGUUAUUUUGUUAUGUGAGCUUCCUCUGAGUCACAGCUGAUUAGAUUUCUGUUGGCUGAUUUUGAUCAUCACGAUUGUUUCUACAUGGAAAAUGAUCUGUGAAUAAAACUUUUACUAAACCAUCAUCAGGUCAAAUUAUCUUAUAUCUCAGAUCUUAUACAGUAAUUAAAUACCUAUACAGUAAAUCAUGGGUCUCA